AUGGAAUACUUUAGGGAGGAUAUCAUCAAGAGCAUCCUUGAAGGGGUUGGCAAGCCGCUUAAAAUUGAUCGUACUACUACAAUGGCGGCACGGGGUUGCUUCGCAAGGGCUGCAGUCGAGAUUGAUAUUGAUAAACCUUUGGUAACUCAAGUCUGGUUUCAGGAAAAGCUCCACAUUGUCAAGUUUGAGGGAUUACAUGUGGUUUGUUUUGGCUGUGGGUUGGUCGGUCAUCGUGAAAAAUCUUGUCCACGCAACAACAAUAGCCAUAUGGGUUUUAAUGCCAUGGAUCUCAAUGCUUCCCCGGAAAUGGAGAAGGAGGGGGAGGCUCAGCAAGUUCCGGUGGCUGCCAAACCAUCUUCUUUCCCAUCACCGGAAGACCCCCUUCAUGGAUCAUGGAUGCUCGUGACACGGAAAAAAUCUAACAAGCAAUCCAAUAAGAAUAAUCAGCCUCGCAAACAGAAUAAUCCUACAGGGCGACAAAAGGGUAACAAUUUCGCCCCUGGAUCUGAUUCUGGUAAGGUGGGGAUCAAUGGUAAGAAAGACUCUUCGUCACCUCUGGAUAAGCAGAAGAGAGGUAACGCGGAUCACUCCAGAGGAAAACAACCUGCUGCCCGCCCUCCGAGAGCUGCGCAAAAGGUGACCAUGCAGAAUUCCCCUCAUUCCUCGCCCCUUCUUCAUCAGGUUAGAGAAAUUGGUGAGAGCUCUCGAGGUAAUGUUUCUCUUCCUCGUCCGGAAGCUCACGUUCCUGAAGAGGUGCAGCACGAUGUUGUGCCUUUGGCCUACCCCAUUGGUUCCUCUCCGGAACCUGGGAUAUCACCUUCGGGGAUAUCUAGGGGAGCUUCAACAACCGGGGAUUAA